AUGGACGACUUCUUUACCCCGGUCAGCACUACCUACCUCAAGGCAAGGCCAAACGAACCAUUCUUGGAAGAAGCAGCCACAAGCAACAAGCCUCAACCACCAAAAUCUGCUGCUGCCGAAACUCUUUCUGUAGAGAAUGCUCUAGAGACUCUGAAGAACCAGCCAGGUUAUGACAAUCUGAUUGGGGUCCUCAAGUCCCUCACUGAUGGCAGUGUUGCUGCAACGGGAUUCAGGCUUGCGACGCCCAGUCCCGAGGCUGCGCAAAUUAUUCAGUGCCUCGUCUCAGAGAUUGUUCCCAACUACUGGCCUUUGCUCAAAGAAGAUGUUUCUGGAGGAUCUGGUAUACAAGAUGUCGAUAGCCCCAAAGACGUCGAGUUGCUGCUUAGAUGCUUGAGGAGUGUUACAGGUCUCAACGCCAUCAUCACCCGUAUGAAGGCCUUGAUCCAAGAGUCCAAGGCGAGCUCCAAGGAUGUAAAGCGCCCAGAUUUGAGCCUGAACCUGAACGUACUACUCGAGGUCAGCUCAGCAGUAUUGGGUGGGGACGACUACCUUGCUGCACUAUGGGCGUCGAGCAGCGCUGGGCUAGAGUCUACGGCGAGAAGACGGCCGAUGGCGAAUGAGUUCAUCGCACUGAUAGCCGGUGGACGCCUUAUUUCAGUUGCAGCCGAGGCAGAUGCCAUUGCCAACCCGGACAAAAUCAACAAGAAGCAACUUUGGAUCGCAGACGGGCAACAAUACAGCAGGUGGCUGGGUCGAAGUAUCGGAGCGUGGGCGAAGGGUGGCAACUCGUCUGACGAUGCGAAGCUAUGUGCAGAGGCUUUCAUACGAUCACUUCGCCUGGGUUAUUCUGGCAAAUUUGUAGAUGCCCUGAUGAACCAAUUUAUCAGCGAACUUCUGUUAGGCCCUGAGGAAAGCCAAAACGCCUUCUUCAAGCUCUUUGGCCAAUUCUCUCAACUGGAGCAGAAGCGGGUUCUCUUUGCUGUUCUCAAGCACUUGUCGGAGACAUUUCUCAAUAAGCUGGGCGAUGUCGAACCUCUGAAGCCGAACUCGGUUAUAUCCGCUGCGACUGGCAUCAUCGAGAAGAUAGUGUCUAACGAAGAAAGCCGAAAGGCACAUUUAAUCUCUUGGUUGACCAGCUCAACUGGUGCCGGCCUGGGAGAUGGCAUAGGUAUCAGGCGCGCAGCCAUAGCAGCGCUUGCACAGGACAGAGAAUGCGUCACUCAGGUAUUUGAGAAGAGCCUUCACCAGUUCGGCGAUCAGCUAUACAUUAAGCACUCUCCCAUCAUGCAGCAGCAAGCCCAUGCACAAGUUCUUCUCCUUAGCGCUAGUUAUGUCAACAAGCUCUCACCCCUGAAGCUUAAGAUGCUCAUGCGAUCUUCAAGCUACCUCAACACCGUGUCCAACCGGAUCGGCGCCUCACAAGAGAGGGCUAGAUUCUUGGGUAUGGCAGUGGGCGAGGCCCUCUCGAGUCUGAUCGACGGUGGUGACAAGAAACUGGACUUCAAAAUGGAGGAAAUGGCAACAGACGAGGCACAGUUCUACAAGGAUCUCGUCAGAACGCUGGAUAGUACAGGGCCUAUCGAUCAGUUGAUCACCACCCCUGAGGUGGAGCAGAAGAGACAGCCACAACCGCCGGGACCCUCCCGCCGGAACCCAGCACCAAAACCCAAGCAACCAGCCGCGCCCUCAAAGUUCAUCAUACAAGAAGUCUCAGACUCCGAAAGCGAGGACGAGGACCUCAUACCCUACGCCAAGCCCUCCGACGAUGCAGAAGACUCAGACGAAGAUGCCACGCUCGUCCGCCGCGACAAGCCAAGAGCUCCAGUCUACGUCCGCGAUCUCAUAACCUACCUCCGCGACACUGACAACUACGACAAGCAAAAACUGGCCCUCACCACAGCCCCGCCCCUGAUCCGUCGCAAAGCGAACUUUGGCACAGAGGUCUCCUCCCAUGCAGACGAGCUCGCCACGCUUCUCGUCGGCCUCCAGGACAAGUUCGAGAUUGAAAACUUCAAUGACCUCCGUCUUCAGGGUAUGAUAGCCAUCGUCGCAGCACAGCCACAGAAGAUGGGCCAAUGGUUCGCAAAGACCUUCUUUGACGGCGACUACUCCAUCUCGCAGCGUGCCGCGGUUCUCAUCGUUCUCGGCCUCAGCGCGCGCGAGCUCGCCGGCUUCGACAUCUCGGAAUACUCUGCCGCCGCCUCGUUCCCCUCCAAACGCCUCCCGGAGAAGAUGGAAGCGCUCUACCUCGACCCGUCCACCGCCCAAGCCCGCCUCGCCUCCUCGUCGAACCUUAAGGCCAUUCCCGCCAACGCCCUCGACACCAUCGCCGAUUCUUUGACGUCUUCCUUCCUCGCCCCCAUAGCCGCCAACGCAGCAGACGCAACAACGGGACCAGACGUCCUCAAGCUCUCGACCUUCACCUCCCGCCUGCCUUUAAAGUCCACCAAGAAACCCGGCAUCCGUUCCAUCCCCAACACAACGGCCUCCCUGCUCGCCACCUCAUUCUUCUUCCCUUUGACGGCCCGCUUCCAACACGCCCUACGCUCCCACUCGGCACGCUCCGGUAUCUUCAUCCAGCCGUACCUCCUCUCCCUCUACCUAAAGACACUGGCCGUGCUCGUCCACGCCGCGGGACCCGCGACGCUGGCCCUCCCGCAGAUGACGGCCGAGCUUUGGGAUCUUCUGCUGGGUGUCCGCGCCCACGUCAACGGCGACGUACCCGGAACCCACGCGCUGCUGGUCGCGCUGGCGGCCAUGCUCGAGGUCAAUGAGGCGUCUGACAUGCGGCGCUUGUGCGAGGCGCAUCCGCGGGAGGUGGUCGAGACGCAGGAGUGGGUCAGCGGUGUCUUCAACGGCACGCGCGGUGACGAUGGCGGGGAGGAGAAUAAUGUGAAGAUGCUCUCUGCCGCGGUGCUCAUCAAGCUGCAGGAGGCAACGGAGAAGUAUCGGGCCCUGCUGCUGGGCGACAUGAUAGGGUUCUCAUAG